CGCCAGUUUCCCACGCGAAAACGCAAAGAUGUGCUCGCCAAUCCUGUGUAUCACAGUCCUCAUAGUGCUUCUGUGCGGAACCACAUCUGGGGCGCAGCAUUCACCCACAAAUACAACCCUAGCCUACCCCAAGCAGCGCGGCGCUGCAUACGACUACACAACAUUGGUGCGAAACCAAACCACUCGCGCCGAUGGCGUAGUGGAAAUGUUCCGGGUGGCCUGGUCCGGAUACGUAACGUAUGCAUUCCCGCAUGACCAGCUGCGUCCCCAAAGCAACAACUACACGGACCCUUUCAAUGGAUGGGGGGUAACUGCUAUUGAUGCGCUGGAUACGGCCAUUAUCAUGGAGCAGACGGAUAUUGUGACCUUCAUUUUGGACUAUGUGCCAUCCAUUAACUUUACUCGCACCAACACGCCUGAGCCGACGGUUGUUAGUCUCUUCGAGACCAACAUUCGCUAUCUGGGCGGGAUGUUAAGCGCAUAUGACCUCCUGAAGGGCCCGUUCGCGCAUUUGGGCGUGGAUGAAUCCAAAGUGGAUGUUUUACUGGCUCAAUCGCAAAGCCUGGCCGACGCUCUCAAGUUCGCCUUUGACACCCCAACUGGAAUACCAGUGAACCGCAUCUUCCUCGAAAACCACACCUUCUCCGACAUAGCCCAAAUGGCUGACGGCACGCAAACCGCCGGCUUAGCCGAAUUGGGCACUCUGGUCCUCGAGUGGCAGCGCCUGUCUGAUCUCACAGGCGAUCCAUCCUAUGGCAACCUAGCUCAAAAGGCAGAGACCUACUUCCUGACCCCCUCGAUUGAGGUCUGGCCCGGCCUCACAGGGGGUAAUUUCAGCACUCAGACGGGUGAGAUUCUGGAUGCCUACGGCGGCUGGACGUCCGGGAAUGACUCGGCGUACGAAUACCUCAUCAAGAUGUACGUCUACGAUCCCGACCGGUACGCGCUCUACGGCGACCGGUUCGCACAAGCGGUCAACUCCACGAUUGCACAUCUACUUUCCCAUCCAUCAAGCAGACCAGACCUAACCGUAGCCGCCGUCUUCGCCGGCACCCAAACGCAAAACGAAAGCGACUCUCUCUCCUGCUUCAUGGGCGGGUCCUUCAUCCUAGGCAGCUCGGCCCUGCAACGCCCCGAAUGGCUCCCUGUCGGUCUGGAUCUUGCGGAAUGGUGCGCAAACGGGUAUCGCUACGCUGCGUCGGGAAUCGGCCCUACGCUCUACAGCUGGGACACUGACGAGCUUGCGAACCCCAACAACACGAACCAGACUGACCUGUAUUCGCGCGCAGGGUGGUUCAUCCCCCUGAACUACUAUGCUGCCGGGCAGGCGCCAGAAGCGGUCGAGAGCUGGUACUACGCCUACCAGGCGACCGGGGACCAAUACUGGCGCGAUGUGGCGUGGCGAUAUACGCUGGAUUUAAAUAGAACGCAGCGGGUUGAGAGCGGGUUCGCGGCUGUGCUCAAUGUGCUUGAGGUGGAGGGGGGCGGGAAUGGGGUUAAUAUGCAGAGUUUCUUAUUAGCGGAGGUAUUUAAGUAUAUGUUUUUGGUGCAGAGCGAGAACAAGGGGGAAUGGGAUGUUUUGCAUGGGGGAGAGAACGGUGAGAAGAAGAAUUGUUUUGUCUAUAAUACGGAGGCGCAUCCCGUUAGGGUGGCGGCUAAAAAUCCGGUAUGACGGGGUAUACAGGAUAGGAAAGUAUGUGGGCUGAGGGUACCGAGUAAACAACACAUAUUGUGUAUUCUGCUUUUGGACUCUUGAUAACUCAGGCAUGAAGCUCGGGGUUGUGCUUUGCUGGUAAUAUUGCCUAGUAUAGGCACUCGCAAGCGGGUCAAAUACUCCUAUAAACCAUGAGAUUUCAUGACAGGAAGUCGUAAUCAUGGAACGAAAUCGACCAAUUAUGAG